AUGUGGCUCUACCUGGUGGCUCUAGUGGGCCUGUGGACCCUCCUGCGCUGGUACCGUGAGAGGCAGGUGGUGAGCCAUCUCCAAGACAAGUAUGUCUUCAUCACGGGCUGUGACUCGGGCUUUGGGAACCUGCUGGCCAGACAGCUGGACAGGAGAGGCAUGAGGGUGCUGGCUGCAUGUCUGACGGAGAAGGGAGCCGAGGAGCUGAGGAGCAAGACAUCAGACAGGCUAGAGACAGUGAUCCUUGAUGUCACCAAGACAGAGAGUAUUGUGGCAGCCACUCAGUGGGUGAAGGAGCAUGUUGGGAACAGAGGACUCUGGGGCCUGGUCAACAAUGCUGGCAUCGCCAUUCCCUCGGGUCCCAAUGAGUGGCUGAACAAGAAGGACUUUGCAAAAGUCCUGGAUGUGAACCUGAUGGGCCUGAUCGAGGUGACUCUGAACAUGCUGCCCUCAGUGAGG